CGACUCUUUACGGCGGAUGUCACGCUUUACGGAAGUGCCCAGAGUUCCUCUACGUCUUGCUUCGAGAUGGCUUCGUCGUUUUGGAAAGGUGUUGUCGGCGUGGGGCUGUUUGCUUUGGCCCACGCAGCCUUUUCUGCGGCACAGCAUCGAUCAUACAUGCGGCUCACAGAAAAGGAGCACGAGACUCUACCGAUUGACAUUGUCCUGCAGACCUUAUUAUCAUUUGUGAUGACCUGUUAUGGGAUUGUCCACAUUGCUGGAGAAUUCAAGGACAUGGAUGCUUCCUCAGAGCUGAAAAACAAAACUUUUGACACGCUGAGGAAUCACCCGUCGUUUUACCUCUUCAACCAUCGAGGUCGAGUUCUGUUCCGCACACCGGAGGAGGAGCCGUCCACGGCACGCAGCCAGCAGGCCCUUCCCAACCCCAUCAGGUUACGCAAGCUGGAGCAUUUGCACUGAGACCAGCCUCUCCUGCCUCUGACCUCCUCACCGCCCUGAUAGGAUUUGUUUUUGUUAGACAAGGCGAAGGAGAGAGUCUGGGAACUUAACUUCUUCCACUUAAAGUUUUAUUUAUUAAUAAACUAAUAUGCUGUCCAAGUUUGCAUCUGUGUCCAUGAAGCGGUGACCGCCAUAAUCAACACUGACUGUGCCAACCCGGUUUUCCAUGCAGAUUUGUUUGUAUAUAUGGUACAAAGUUAUGGCUUUAGAGUCUUAAAAUAAUGUUUCUUUUCAUUCAGACUAAAUCAGAAUAGUAUUUUCCUUUUAUGUCUUUUAAUUUUUCUAUGACGGUUUGCUACUGUUUAAUUACUGCUAUCCAUGGCGAGUUUUGAUUUAGUCACAAGAUUAAAACGCCGUUUUUUCACCCCGGGGGGGACUUGGAUUUAAGCUGCAGAGAUUAGCUAAAGGAGAAAAGUGAGAUCAGAAAACACUUGUUGUUCUAAUUAUACUGUUAACACAGUAGAAUUUCAAAGAAAAACUUUUGUUGUUGUUUUUUUUCAUCCAUCAUGCAUUUUGUUAAACUCCUACAGACUGUUUUUAAUUUAAUAAAGUUCAUACUGGUUUUACAAA